AUGGCAACUUUUAAGGGACAGGUAUUGGUUAGUAUCAGUAGGCUUAUAAUAAAGGUCUGUGGAUAUAAUGCCAUCUGUAAGGGAGCUGGAAGUAUCGAGGAAGAUCACAAAUUUCAUGGACUUUUUCGUUACUAUGACGAUUUAUUAGAUAACACAGUACUUGACAAGAAGGUUCUAGAUAACCUGAUUUCCAGAUGUAUUUUGAUGAUAGAGGACAGAGAAGAAAUUAUAAAACCAACCACACAGCGUGAACGUAACAAGAUUUUACUUGAUAUUUUGACUGAACGACCAUAUGAUACCUUCUAUUUGUUCAAGGAUGUGUUAAAGGAAUCUGAACCAAACAAUAGAUAUGUUCAAAAGCUUGUCAGUAGAAUGCAGACUACUGAAAGCAGAGAAGAAGAUACCUGUUGUCAUUACGGGCAUGAGAUUUAUAUUCCGAGGAUUCAAGAUGAAGUUAUUCCUAAACAUAUACUUGAGCAGUUCGAAAGACGCUUGGAACAGUGGAAGGAGGAUGAUCAACAGUUUGUUAGUACAGAAGCAGGGAAACAUGUAAUGCAAGAAGUUUUGACACAAAGUUCCAUUACCCUGGUAGGAAAAUCAGGCAUUGGAAAAAGUUUCCUAUCAAAACAUAUUGCCUUGAAAAUGAUUGAAGAUGGCUAUACUGUUAUUCCAUGCAGCAAACCUGAAGAUAUUGGAAAAUGGUUUAAACAUGGGAGAAAAACAUUAUUUGUAUUUGAUGACGUUUGUGGCCGAAAUCCUUUUGAUGUUUUCAAAGAUCAAGUUGUACAAAUGUAUGGAGAAAGUGAUGCUGGUAAGAUGCAGUAUUGUAGCUUAGUCCUUUGUGUGAUGUUUAACAACACAUUAACAGAAGAAAAAUUGUCCACAGCAGAUAAAAAGAUAGGAGCAGUCAUAAAAGAUUUACUAGAAGAAUGUGAACUGAAUAAAGGAACAUCCAUCAAACGUUUAAAGAAAUCCCUUGAAACACUUGAAGGUACCUAUGUGGUCAAGGAGGAUAGUACGUACAAAAUAAUUCAUGAUAAGUUAUUUGAUUUCAUGGCCAAAUACUUUGGGGAAAAGAUGUUACAGCUUUUCAUUGAUCAUGCUAAUACUGAUUUCACUGGAGAGAGAUUUUUAUGCAAGAUAACAGAAAACAUGGGCACAGAUAUAGAGUUUGUGAUAAGAAUACCUGAUAAAUAUGUAAAUAAAUAUAUAGAUAGGUUACUAAAAGACUGGGAGAACGGUUAUGUAAACAGUGUAUGUCAAAACAGAAACAUGAAUUCUACUACAUUUGCGGAAAAAAUGGUAACACGAUUAAACCAGCUUGACACAUCAAAGCAGGCAGAACUAGUUUGUACUCAAGAUAUUCACGAUAAAAAUAUAGCACUUGGUGGAAGUUGCUUUAUGGGUUCUGUUGACCUUGUCAAAUGGUUGAUAAGUAGGAAUAGUGACAUUAAUCAUUGUGAUGAGGCUGGUUGGUUCCCUUUAUUAUGGGCUAGUCAGGAAGGACAUAUUGAUGUUGUAAAAGAACUGUUACAACAUUCGGCUGAUGGAAACCAGUGUACCAAAGCUGAUGCAACACCUCUGUAUUUAGCAAGUCAGGAAGGACAUAUUAAUGUUGUUAAAGAACUGUUACAACAUUCAGCUGAUGUAAAUCAGUGUGACAAUGAUGAUGUAUCACCUUUGUAUAUAGCGAGUGAGAAUGGACAUGUUGAUGUUGUUAUAGAACUGUUACAACAUUCAGCCGAUGUAAAUCAGAGAACAAAUGAUGAUGCAUCACCUCUGGAUAUAGCAAGUGAGAAUGGACAUGUUGAUGUCGUAAAAGAACUGUUACAUCAUUCAGCUGAUGUAAAUCAGUGUUCCAAUGAAAAUGCAUCACCUCUGUAUAUAGCAAGCGAGAAUGGACAUGUUAAUAUUGUUAAAGAACUGUUACAACAUUCAGCUGAUUUAAAUCAGUGUUUUAAUGAUGAUGUAUCACCUCUGUUUAUAGCAAGUGAGAAUGGACAUGUUGAUGUUGUAAAAGAACUGUUACAACAUUCAGCUGAUGUAAAUCAGUGUUCCAAUGGUGAUGCAUCACCUCUGUAUAUAGCAAGUCAGGAAGGAUAUGUUAGUGUUGUUAAAGAACUGUUACAACAUUCAGUUGAUGUCAAUAAAUGUUACAAUAAUGGUGCAUCACCUCUGUUUAUAGCAAGUGAGAAUGGACAUGUUAAUAUUGUUAAAGAACUGUUACAACAUUCAGCUGAUGUAAAUCAUUGUGACAAUGAUGAUGCAUCACCUCUGUAUAUCGCAAGUCACAAUGGACAUGUUAGUGUUGUUAAAGAAUUGUUAAAAUAUUCACCUGAUGUUAAUCACUGUAACAAUAAUGGUGUAUCACCUCUGUAUAUAGCAAGUGAGAAUGGACAUGUUGAUGUUGUUAUAGAAUUGUUAAAAUGUUCAGCUGAUGUCAAUCAAUGUGACUUUAAAGUUGAUGUCAAUAAAUGUUACAAUAAUGGUGCAUCACCUCUGUUUAUAGCAAGUGAGAAUGGACAUGUUAAUAUUGUUAAAGAACUGUUACAACAUUCAGCUGAUGUAAAUCAUUGUGACAAUGAUGAUGCAUCACCUCUGUAUAUCGCAAGUCACAAUGGACAUGUUAGUGUUGUUAAAGAAUUGUUAAAAUAUUCACCUGAUGUUAAUCACUGUAACAAUAAUGGUGUAUCACCUCUGUAUAUAGCAAGUGAGAAUGGACAUGUUGAUGUUGUUAUAGAAUUGUUAAAAUGUUCAGCUGAUGUCAAUCAAUGUGACUUUAAAGGUGGUAUUAAAGUACAAAAGAAUUAA